UUCUGCGUCGGCAUUGGGGAAGACAAGUUUCGAAAUAGCACGAAAAAAGUGUCCACGCACUAUAAAAUUGGCUGCCCGCACACAGAGAUCUCAAACACCUCCGAGCAGCUGAAGCAGUUUCAUAAAAGAAGAAUUUUAAUUUUCGGUACAACGGUGAAACAUGACCUCAGUCGCUCUUCUGGCUUGCCUCUUCUCCUGUGUCUUUGCCGAGCAAAGGUACAGUGAUCCCGGCUACUUUUAUGACAGCUUCCAGGGACCUCUCCUAGCUGCUGCAGCCACACCGGGUGUAGCGGCAGCUGAACCAGUCUAUCCACCGCAGCCCUACAGUUUUGGCUAUGACAACCUCGACGAGUACGGAUCGAGGAGCUACCACAACGAGAAGAGUGACGCAAACAAUGUGAAGACAGGAUCGUACGGCUACCGAGACGCCAAUGGCAUAUACAGACGGGUCACAUACAUCGCCGACGCCAAUGGCUACCGCGCUACCAUCGACACUAACGAGCCCGGCACAGCUCCGGGAUCCAGCGCCGACGCGGUGUUCAAUGCAAGACCAAUUCGCGUUGCCGAUGGGGCGAAAUCUGCAUCGGCUCCCGUGCCGGUCUACGUUGCCCCUGCCCCAUACGGCGUCUCUCACAAUCGCUACGGUGCUCGCAUCCCGUGGUUUUCAUGAGGCGACUCGUGAACUCUCUUACA